UCAAUUAUUUCUUAUCUUUAUGGUGUUCAUACACACACAUGCGAUAGGUGAGAUAAUUGGGAAAAUAGACGAGAGGGAAGGGUGACCAUUCAUGUACAUGUACGCGGCUGUUGCCGAUUGUGGCGAAUUCUGUCAUCCGUCAUACGCGAGUGCCGUGGAUAAAUAAAUUUCUCGACGAUAUCAAGUGCAAAAACAGAGACCGUCGCGAAUCGUACCGUUCGCUACAGAGGAGAAAAAUCACGUUGUACCAAGACCGGGCCGACGGCCGGACAAUAUGCGCGCAUAUGUCUAGGCCCGGUGGUACCCAGGUUCUGGCCACAAGACAGGUGAAGAGAGCGGCCUCCACCACUACCGCAACCACCAGCGCUGCCGCCGCUGCUGUUGCUGCUGCUGCUGCUGCUGCUGCCACCACCGCCGCCGCCAAUCUCACGGUGGUGCUGGAUUACGCGAGCGCUGCCAAGCGCUACAAGCUGUCCGCGGCUGCGGGCAUCGCGCAACCGAACGAGAUCGGGGGUGACAAGAUCAUCAUCAUGACGGAUACGGCGACCGACACGCAGAAGCGGGCUAACUUUUCGGCGUUGACAGUCGGCAAUCCGAACGGCGUCACCAAUAGGAUCUCGCCAAGUCUGGCGAACACGAAACCCGGUUCUGCUAAAAAACUUGUCAUCAAGAACUUCAAAAAUAAACCCAAAUUACCGGAGAACUAUCAAGAACAAACAUGGGAAAAAUUACAGGAAGCUGUGAUUGCGAUACAAACUAGCAAAAGCAUCCGCUAUUCUCUAGAAGAACUUUAUCAGGCAGUUGAAAAUAUGUGUAAUCAUAAGAUGGCAUCGACACUUUACUCAAAUUUGACUAUUCUGACAGAAUCUCAUGUGAAGGCUAAUAUCGAGCAGUUUUUGGCAGAAUCCAUGGACAGACAUAUAUUUCUGAAAAAGAUGAACGAGUGUUGGCAAUCACAUUGCAGGCAGAUGAUAAUGAUCAGGAGUAUCUUCCUGUAUCUUGACAGAACAUAUGUUUUACAAAAUCCUAGUAUUUCAUCAAUCUGGGAUAUGGGAUUGCAUCUCUUUAGAUUACAUAUUGUACUAAACAAUUUAGUGCAAACACGCACAGUCGAGGGUCUUCUCAUGCUCAUAGAAAAGGAACGACAGGGCGACACUGUGGAUCGAACACUUCUGAAAUCGUUGUUAAGAAUGUUGUCGGAUCUGCAAAUCUACCAAGAGGCCUUUGAAACAAAGUUCCUAGUGGCUACAGAAAGAUUGUAUGCUGCUGAAGGUCAACGAUUGAUGAACGAGCACGAUGUUCCUGAAUAUUUGGCUCACGUGGAUAAACGUCUACAAGAAGAAAACGAGCGACUGUUGCAUUAUCUUGAUACAGCAACCAAGUGGUCACUUAUACAUACUGUAGAAAAACAAUUAUUAUCUGAACAUAUUACUAGCAUUUUACAAAAAGGCUUAAGUGGUUUGUUGGAUGAAAAUAGAAUUAGCGAUUUAUCAUUACUUUACAAUUUAUAUAGUCGGAUAAAGAAUGGCCUUGUGGAACUUUGCUUGAAUUUCAAUUGUUAUAUUAAGAAAAAAGGCAAGACGAUAGUUAUAGAUCCUGAAAAAGAUAAAACAAUGGUACAGGAGCUAUUAGAUUUUAAGGAUAAAAUGGAUAAUAUAGUUAAUACGUGCUUUCAUAAAAAUGAAAAAUUUGCAAAUAGCUUAAAAGAAGCUUUUGAAGCUUUCAUUAAUCAAAGAGCAAAUAAACCAGCGGAAUUAAUAGCUAAAUUCGUCGAUUGUAAAUUACGUGCGGGUAACAAAGAAGCGACAGAAGAGGAAUUAGAGAGAUUAUUAGAUAAAAUUAUGGUACUCUUUCGAUUUAUUCACGGGAAAGAUGUUUUCGAAGCGUUUUACAAAAAGGAUUUGGCCAAACGCUUGUUGGUGGGGAAAUCAGCUUCUGUAGAUGCUGAAAAGUCAAUGUUAUCUAAAUUGAAACAGGAAUGCGGUGGUGGAUUUACCAGCAAAUUGGAAGGAAUGUUCAAAGACAUGGAACUUAGCAAAGAUAUCAAUAUCGCGUUCAAACAGUAUGCAGGGAAUUUGCAGAGUGAAUUAGUGGCAAAUAAUUUGGACUUGACUGUAUCUAUACUUACUAUGGGGUACUGGCCUACAUAUCCUGUGAUGGAAGUCACCCUGCCGAUGGAGAUGGUGCAGUAUCAAGAUGUAUUUAAUAAGUUUUACUUAGGAAAACAUAGCGGUAGAAAACUGCAGUGGCAACCGACCUUAGGACAUUGUGUAUUAAAAGCAUGGUUUAAUCAGGGUAAUAAAGAGCUACAGGUGUCAUUGUUUCAAGCACUGGUCUUAAUCCUGUUCAACGAUUCCGAUAAUCUCUCGUUAGAGGAUAUCAAGGCCGCAACAAAUAUCGAGGACGGCGAAUUGAGGAGAACCCUCCAGUCAUUAGCAUGCGGAAAAGCUCGUGUUCUUCAAAAGAAUCCGCGUGGUCGAGAUGUCGCUGAUAAUGACAGAUUCGUAUUCAAUGCAGAAUUUACAAACAAACUGUUUAGGAUUAAAAUCAAUCAAAUCCAAAUGAAAGAAACGAAUGAAGAACAAAAAGCAACAGAAGAGAGAGUAUAUCAAGACAGACAGUAUCAAAUAGAUGCUGCUAUUGUCAGAAUUAUGAAAAUGAGAAAGACACUGACACACAAUCUUCUUAUCAGUGAACUGUAUAAUCAAUUAAAGUUUCCUGUAAAGCCUGCAGAUUUAAAGAAACGGAUCGAAUCUCUUAUAGACAGAGAUUAUAUGGAGCGUGACAAGGACAAUGCAAAUCAAUAUAAUUACGUUGCGUAACCUAAAGCAAAUGCCAAAGUUACAUCGUUGAAUUAUUGGAUUGAUGCUAAUUUUUCUAGCAAAUUGAAUCUAUCGGUGUUUGUCUAUUGUGAAUGUGAACAGGUUGUAGUUCAAGCAAGGUACUAUAUAAUUAAUCCGACUGUCAACAUAAAGUUAUAACGCGUGUGACCAGUUUAUAUAAAAGGAAAAAGAAAAGAAGCUCAACACAGUGUGAACUUUCCCGUUUUGAUUUUCAUAGUGCAUAAGAGACGCUGAAUGAUUGCAGUCCUCCUUUGAACAGUGUUGUGUUUUUUCUGAAUUUUGUAAGAAAAGAAAGGACCAGAACGCGAUAAUAUGCGACAUAUUAGAAUAUAACAAUUUUUUAUGCCAACACAGUUUUUCACAGCAUACUUACAAUUAAAAAAAUGUAAUAAAGGAUGCAAAAUAUAAUAUACAUACAGUGACACUACCAUAAAAAUAGAGAGUAAGAGUGCAAUUGCAAUAUAAUUAGUUAAUUCAAAAAGUGAACAGUGCAGUAUUUAUAACAAAAAGCGUACUACAUCUAUACAUAUGCAAUCGUGGUACUUGUCUUUCAAAUCUACAGAUUAUUUCUUCUGUAUCUUCUCAUUGCCUUUUCAGAUAUUAAAAGAAAGAAAAAAUUAAAAUAAAA